AUGAGCCAAAAACUCGUGUCAACGUCGACUCAAGAUGCGCAUCUAGAGCUUUUCGACUUUGAUUGCAAUUUGACCCACGAAGAUCUCCGCGGUAACAUCAAUGAACUAAUCAAACAAGCGACAGCGGUCGGUGUUAAGGAAAUGCUAGUGCCUGGAGCUACCAUCGAGGAGUCACUGAGAGCUAUCGAGCUUUGUAGACACUACAGGGCCAAGCUCUUUCCGACUGCAGGAGUGCAUCCUUACUAUGCACGAGAAAUGCCAACACACGAGAAGCUUGCUACUUUACGAGGUCUAGUCGAGCUGGACGAAGUCCAAGCUGUUGGGGAGUGCGGACUUGAUUACUCGCCAGAUUUUCCUCAACCAGAAGUUCAGAAAAAGUGGUUUGUCGAGCAGCUUCGAAUGGCCUGUGCGCUAAGAAAGCCGCUCUUUUUGCAUGAACGAUUAGCGCAUGACGAUUUCAUUCGGCUGAUUGAUGAGGCCAAAGCAGAUUUCAACGGAUAUUUUCCGCCGGCGGCGGUCCAUUGCUUUACUGGUAGUGAGAAAGAAUUAAAAGUCUACAUCGCGCGUGGAGUUGACUGGUACAUCGGUAUCACGGGAUUUAUAUGCAAGAAGCAAGGAGCUGCCCUAAAGGAUUUAGUCAAGCUCGUACCACUGAAUCGCCUUGUACUCGAGACAGAUGCACCAUACAUGGGAUUUCCUAAUUGCCGACGUGCUGAGUCAUUCAGCCAUAAAAAACAGUAUCCAAACGUUCCCAGUGCAAUGCCGUUCGUGGCUGAAGCUGUGGCAAGUGCUCUUGGUCGUUCGACACAAGAUAUUGCCUUCAUUACUAGGGCAAAUGCCAGACGAUUCCUGCGGCUGUAA